AUGGAGCAGACGAUGCUUAAUUGUAUCGAUAAUUCUGGAGCUACAGUGGUCGAGUGCAUCUUGAAUCUACGCAUGAAAAGACAUGGUAAAGUUGGCGACCGUAUUGUAGUAGUCGUCCAGAAAGCUCGGAGUGGGGGUGAGGGCAGACAAGCUGGUAGCACCUCUGCAGCCGCCGCAAACAGGGUGAGGAGAGGAGAUAUUCGUCAUGCAAUUAUCGUUCGAACGGUCAAGAAAGUGCAGAGAAAAGACGGAACGGUCGUACGAUUCGAUGAUAAUGCAUGCGCCCUCAUUGGAAAGAAUGGUGAACCCUUGGGUACCAGAAUAAGCGGUGUCGUCGGAGCAGAAUUGCGGGACAAACAGCAAUCGAAGAUACUCUCACUGGCGUCUAUGCACGUGUGA